AUGAGUGCCAAGAGUGACACCGGUUUCGAGCAUAACGGAUUACGUCAGCGGACAGGACUUCUGCUGAUCGGUGACUCUGGUGUCGGAAAGUCUUGUCUCCUCCUCCGUUUUGCUGAUGAUACGUACACGGAGAGUUACAUCUCUACCAUCGGCGUGGACUUUAAAAUUCGCACGAUCGAACUCGAUGGCAAGACUGUGAAGUUACAGAUCUGGGAUACCGCCGGUCAAGAGCGCUUCCGUACCAUCACAUCCUCAUACUACCGCGGUGCUCACGGCAUUUGCGUCGUCUACGACGUCACGGACAUGGACUCCUUCAACAACGUCAAGCAGUGGCUGCAAGAGAUUGACAGAUAUGCUACCGAGGGGGUUAACAAGCUUCUUGUUGGCAACAAGUCCGAUAUGGCAGACAAGAAGGUUGUCGAGUACACAGUCGCGAAGGAAUUCGCGGACAGCCUUGGCAUUCCUUUCCUUGAGACCUCCGCUAAGAGCGCCACAAACGUUGAGCAAGCAUUCCUGACCAUGGCCCGCCAGAUCAAAGAGCGCAUGGGAACCACUCAGGUGAACAACAAGCCAAGCGUUCCUAUCGGACAAGGUCAGGGCGUGCAAUCUGGCUCCGCUGGAGGUUGCUGUUAG